AGCAGUGGAUAGGCAAAGAGGGGGAUUAAUGUCAGAUCCGUGUUUAUUGGUGCUGCAAGGUCAGCUACAGCAGCAACUUGUCUAUCAUGGAAUGUGUCAUGCUAUACCCCAUCACCCGUAUGCACUCCAGGGCACAUUCGCAUACCACUGACCCCAAUAAAGAGGGACAAGAGCUACUUAUCUAAUUAUGUGUGUCAUGAUGUUUAUCCACUGGCUUCCAUGAGUAUUUGCGGAUUCUGCCCACACCCCAUGGCUGAUGCCCCAAGCAGUCUGGGACAUGUAUAAAAGAGCUGAAGGCUUCACAGCCUCUAUCCAGAUUCCUGCUCUUGACUCUCCUGAUCAAUCAGGUAAGUGCAGCUCUUGGGAGCCUCUUGCAGAUCUCUCCCUGCCUCCCUUGACAGAGUUUCUUGUCCUCACCCUUGCCUAAUCCCUGGUGCAUUUUCCAGGACUCCAUACCUGCCUGAAAGAUGUCCUGCUCCAGCCUGUGUGUCCCUUCCUGUGGGGUGGCCACUCCAUGCCCGCUGGCUGACACCACCAAUGAGCCCUGCGUGCGUCAGUGCCAGAGCUCCUCGGUGGUGAUCCAGCCCCCGGCCUCAGUGGUCACCUUCCCCGGACCCAUCCUCAGCUCCUUCCCUCAGCACAGCGUUGUGGGCUCAGCGGGAGUCCCUGCCAUUGCUGGGGGUUACGGUGGCAGUUUUGGAGGCUAUGGUGGAUUUGGAGGCUACGGAGGCUAUGGUGGCUAUGGAGGCCUUGGUGGCUUUGGGGGCUAUGGAGGCUAUGGUAGCUGUGGAGGCUAUGGAGGCUUUGGGGGCUGUGGAUAUGGAGGCUGGGGCCGAGGCCUCCUGUCCUUCGGUGCCAGCUGUGGGAGCUGCUAAGCCCCACCGUGGUCCAUCCUCAGACAACAGAGAGCUCCAGGAAAGCCUCUGACACAUCCCAACAUGAUGAUGCCCAAAGGAAGAGCAUCCCUUCAGCACUUCCAGUU